GCAUUUUCACUCCUCACAUGCUUUUUCGCUGCAGCCGGCUUCCUCCAACCAGCACUCCCUCUCCUCUCUCCCUCUCUCUCUCCCUCUUUUUUUUCCUCCUAUUUAUGAAAACGUCACUUCAAGUCCCUCCCUGUUUGAAUCUCAUUAGUUUCUUGUGUGUUUCUCCCUGUCAAUAAUCCCGAAUCCAGACUCUCUCUAUUUCCAUCCCUCUCUAUCUGUCAAUCAGCGCCGCCUUUGAACUGAAAACCACUCCGACCAACUUCAACUCACUCAAUCCGAGCGGCUCGGCUCCUUCUCCGGCUUCCCCAUUUUUCUGCCAACAUUUUUCCCCCUUCUUUUUCCCCCCCUUGUGUUUUUGAGUUUUAUAUACCAGAGCUUUUGGAAAACGCCAAUACGAAGACCCUCUCUUUUAAAAAGAAAACCCCCCAAAAACUUAAACUCUCGGACUUUCGAGCUCGCAGAGAUCAAGGGUUUGAAACUUUUUGGUGGUUUUUUUCGACCCGAGAACGAUUCUUCUGCUCGGGGGAAAAAUGCCGCAGCUCAACGGCGGUGGAGGGGACGAUCUGGGCGCAAACGAUGAGAUGAUUUCGUUCAAAGACGAAGGGGAGCAGGAGGAGAAAAUCUCGGAGAACUCCUCGGCAGAAAGGGAUUUAGCAGACGUCAAAUCUUCGCUCGUAAACGAGUCGGAAACGAAUCAGAACAGCUCUUCGGACUCGGAGGCGGAAAGACGGCCUCCGCCUAGAUCUGAAACUUUCAGAGACAAAACAAGGGAAAGUUUAGAAGAGGCUGCGAAAAGGCAAGAUGGAGGGCUGUUCAAGAGCCCACCGUACCCGGGCUAUCCGUUUAUAAUGAUCCCCGAUCUCACCAGCCCCUACCUCCCCAACGGAUCACUUUCUCCAACAGCACGCACAGUAAGUUCACUUAUUUUACCAGCUGGAUAUCUGCACACACACUCCUCACACACUCUUCCUCACACUCUCUCUCUCUCUCUCACACACACACACCGAGGCUCCAAAGCAGUGUUGUCACCCAGAAAAAGCUGAAAAAAAGGGGGGGCAAAAAUUGUGGAAGCCAAGUUUUCCAACUCCUCCUGAAGUGUACAGCACCGCGCUCUUGAACAUGGAAGCUAACAUGCUAACUAUGCUAAUGAAUUCAAAAAAUAAAUUGAAAUCAUAAAUGGUAGGGGAAAUUGAGUGAAAAUUUUUGUUCAAUUAAAUAUAUUGUAAUUUUCUAUUUAUUUUUAAUAACAAUAUUUGGCCGUGUUUUAUUAAAAUUAGGUUAAAAGUGCGUGAUCCCCCCACCCCCUUCCUCCUAAAUAAUGCAACUGAUUUGUGUUUGCAUGGCCUCAUCAAAAAUGCCCUUUUUUUAUUUCCCCACUAACACUACAGGGAGCUGCACUUUUACAACGGCUCUCUAACACACUGAACAGUGUUUUUU